AUUGAAGAUUGAACAAGGAGGUUAGGUCAGGCGUUCAAAUCGGAAUCUCCUCUUCGCAAAAAUCCAUGAAGAUAAAUAGAUAUUGAAAUACGAAACUAAAACAGCGCGAGGUUCGAUUAAUUACUUGACCAUUGCUUAAAACGGCUGAGAAUAUGAAUCCUGUGUUACGCACCAUACGAGCUUGCGUCCGCUUCGCGAGACACGCCAAAUACAGUACUCUACCUUCGGAAGCGGUAAUAUUUACGGAAGACGAUCGCAUGGUUGUCUGCUGGCAUCCGGAGAAACCGUUUCCGUACGAGUGCUCUUUACCUCUGCCCGAGGAGAAGCCCGACACCGCCGUACUCUGUAUCGGAGACAAAGACGUCGCGGACGUUUUUAGGAAGAAGAAGCCAUAUCAGAUCGUGGAAGAGUUGGCAAAAAUCACAUACACCACCAAGCACAGGUGGUAUCCUAGGAGCAGAGAUAAGAAAGCGAAAGACACGGAACCUGACAGGCCAUAUUUAUAGUAUUCGAGAAGGAUUUGAGAGGUUUUUUGGCAAAAAAAAGUACUAUUUAUUUAAUUCUCCUUACACAUGUAGUUAUACUUUGCAAAACAUGUAUCAGUAAAUGUACAAAGAUAAUCGUCACAUCUGUCUGUGUAUAAAUUAACUGCAUACAUACUUGGUGUGCCCAUUUCUUGCGAGAACUCACAUACAAUAUCAUGAUUCCACGUUUUUGUGUUAAAAGUUAAACGGACGUACGUUUUGCAGUCGUUACAUACAUGAUCUUAAUAUGGUCUAUUUGUACUUUUGUAAUGCAAUUCUCUCUUUCUCUCAACUCGCGGAGCAGUGUACAUUCUUUGCCUCAACAAUAUUUUACAUACGUAUAAAUAUAUAUAUUUAUUUUAUCAAAUUGCACACAAUCAUUAUGUAUCCUACAAACUCGUUAAAUAAAAUUGGUGGAAACAUUA